AUGGAUGUGGUCAACGGUGGUUUAGAUCGGUGGUGGUCUGUAAUAGUUCAGAUGGCAUUGGUUGGCAGUGGUUUGGAUCGGUGGUGGUCCACGAUGGUUCAAAUGGAGGUGGUCAACGGUAGUUCAGAUAAAUGGUGGUUCAGAUCGGUGGAAGUAUCGGAUGUGGUUCAAAUCGGUGAUGGUUUAGAUUGGUGGUUGUUUAGAUCGGUGGUAGUCGGCAAUGGUUCAGAUCGUCGGUGGCCAGCGGUGACUCAGAUCGAUAUUAGUUGGCGGUGGUUCAGAUCGAUGGUGGUCCAUGGCGGUGAUCGGUCGUGGUUCAGAUCAAUGGGAGAUCAGAUCGUUGGUGGUUUAGAUUCGUAG